CUUUAAAAGGCAACGCACAUAUGACUUCAUUUCCACAUACAUAACAAUUUACAAAACCACCUUCAGUUAAUAAUUAAUCUUCCCUUCUUCUUCUUCUUCUUCUUCUUCUUCUUCUUCUUCUCCUCUGUUUCUGGCAAAAAGAAAAAAAUAUGAAAAGCUCGUCAAUUGCUUCACUGCCCAUGAUUCUUUUUUACAUUCUUCUCUUCUCAACUUCUUUACCAGAAACUCAAUGUUCUGAUUUAAUUAACCAAAUAUGCAAAAAGACACCUUUUUAUGAUCUUUGUGUUUCAUCUUUAAACCCUCAAAGUCCUGUUUCAGAUGUUAAAACAGUGGCCUCUACACUGGCUAAUCUUAUUCUAUCCAAUGCGACUGAUACUUUAAGUUACAUUCAAGGACUAAUCAAGGAAGGAGCAGACCCUCAGUUGCAGAAGCCAUUAGCUAAUUGUGCUGAAUUAUAUAUUCCAGUUGUUAGGUAUAAUCUUCCUCAAGCCAUUGAUGCCUUGACGCGAGGUCGUUUUGGUUUCACCAGCUAUUUAUUAUCUGAUGCAGGCAAACAAGCCGAUGAUUGUGAAAAAAGUUUCUCUGGUUCAAAUCAAUCCCCUUUAUCUUUCAGGAACAAGCUUGUUAGCAAUCUUUGUGAUGUUGCUGUGGCCAUUCUUAAGUUAUUGCAAAAGGGUUGAAUUUUUGUAUUUCGGUUUAUUUUAGCUUAAUAGUUAGCUUCUAUUAUAGGAGUAGAUUAGCAUAGUAUAUUAUGGAGUAAAGGAUAUUCUGUUUUCUGUUGUGCUCUGUUUUUGUUCUGUUGUGGGGUGUAGAUGCAUUUUAUUUUAUUUUUCUAGUAAUAUUUAAUGAUUGUGUAAUUUUUAGCUAAAUUUUAUUAAGCUAUUAAUUAUUUUCUCAACA